AUGAACGAGUCCGCGUCCAAGGUGAGUCUCGCUGCAAGUGAGAAGCCUUCCACAGCUAGCAGCUCAAGCUCGCCAAAUGGACGUAAGACGCGGACAAUCAUCGUUGCAAGAGCGAUCAGUGACGAGCCUGCCAAGGUGACACCAGCCACCAGUGACGUCGUGAACCAAAAUCAUUCUCGUGAUGCGCGAUCUGGCAAAUUGGCCUCUUAUGCAGCACUCGGAGGCGCUGAAGACGUCGAGCGCUUUGAUCAGUUCUUGGCUGAGCAACGUGGCCAGCCAAGCGCCUCGGAACUGCGAGCAGCAGCGACGUCGCCAUUGGCGUCGACGAAACGGAAGACUAUGAGUCGUGUACAACUGGAAGGAAUCGACAUAAAAAGCGAAGAAAUAGAGAACGACGCUCGUAAGCGUCGAGAACAAGCCGUGGCUCAUCGCAAGUGGCUAAACUCGCUCCCUAUUCACGAACGGAUUUCUCAACAGCGUCAACAAAAUGCACUACAAAAAUGGCGGCAGAUGAAUCGAGAUUGGGAGGCUUUUAAGAUCCGAGCGGCACGGCGACUAGGUAAAGCUCCUCAAGAGCUUGUCAUGAGUCGAGCGGCAGCAUACCGAGAGCAGCGAGAGAUGUACGACGCCCUGCAAAAGGCUCGACCAUUAAAUGAUAAGGUAGGCGAGGAUAUCUGGCUCGUGAGUCUAAGGAAUGAAGGUACGCGGUACGUUCCUGUAGGGAAUAUCUUCAGCGGACUAUUUUGUCCAAUCAGAGAGAGCACAAAAAUUGGUCCUCGAGUUCGACGUCCACUGGACUAUUUUGACAACCAAGAGAACCGUGAACAUGAAACCUCGCGACCAUUAUCUAAACUCGAGAAACGAUCUCUGAACCUACUGGCGCGCAAGAAAUGGCGUCUACGCAAGCAACUUGAGGUGAUCCAACCCCAUGAAGUGGAUCGUAGUGCCAGUAGCCAUCUAGCAGUUGGAACAACCGACUUGUUCGCUUGGGCAUCGGGUGAGACCAAAGAGUCGAAAGUAAACGAUGAUGAAGCAUCUGGCUCAUCAUAUCCUGAAGAGGAAGCUUCACGUCGUAGAUUACACUCGUAUGCAAGCUCAAGUUCCAAAUUUAAGACCGAGGCAGUGUCAGUCAGCCAAUUUAUUGGUCCCAGUCUACGAAUUGCCUAUGUUUCAGACGACGAAGAAUCUCAAUUAACACCUGAAAGCGGUGGAGUUGACGGUAGUAACUCAGAGACAAGUCUUCCUCUUCGUCUAAGCCUUUAUACUGCAGUAAAUGAGCAAGAUCAAUGUUCACUAUCGAUCACGAACGAUGGCAAUACGAUCGUUCACUAUCAAUGGUGGCGAGCACCUUUCGAAGAUGAUAACGCAGAGAUGACAACUCGAUUACGUGGACAUAGAACACGCAAAGAUGAGCAAGAAAUGGAACAGGUGAUGACUAUUUCUUUGUCGAAGCGUGGGGGUACAUUGUUACCGGGAGAAACUCAGCACUUUGUGUUCACCUUUAAGUCGUCGAAAGCUGGUAUGUUUCUUGAAAAAUGGUUCCUGGAUGCAGACCCUCGACCUCAAAUUUGUUUUGGGUUAUCCCCAGUCGAAUCAGUGACUGAGUUACCGAUUGAAGUACGGUUAAGUUGUGUUGCUGAGGACAAUUUUUCAGCUUGGAAGCGACGUGAGAUGCAGCUCACUCGAGUGGAACAACGAGAGAGCCACUUCUUCGUGACUACUAUUGUUGAUGAUAUACUGGAUUCAGUGAGACCGGCGGAGCCUGUGGAGUUUACGGCGUUGAUGCCGCGUGAUGACGUUAAGAGAUUCUACGAACAGAAUGGUUCUAAAGCGUUUAGUGACGUCUACUUUAGUCCAGAGUUAAUAAGCGGCUGUCACGCACUGUAUGAACGUGCUCAAGGGAUUCUAAGAGCUCUUACACCUGCAACGCCAAUCGAGGAGGACAAUACUAACAAGGACAAUGCUGAUAAUGCUGAAGGUGUUGAGAAUGCCAACACUGCGUCAGAGCAAAAUGGCAAUACGGAUCGUGCUAUAGAUGAGAAACAGACCGCACAAGACACCCCGCUUUCAAUUCAGGAGUGGAAUUGGCGGUUAGAAACACUUGGUGAGCUCUGUAAGAUGGCCGAUGAAGCUCAAAAUAUACAGAUACACCGCUUAACUCAGCAGUUGAAAAAUGAGAUUGAGAACGUUGAGGAGGACGACAACGAAGAAGAAGAAGAAGAAGAAGAAGAAGAGAAUGAUGAAGAUGAAAGUGAAAGUGAUAGUGAAAACGGUGAAGCUACUGAGGAGAAACCUCCACGUUUACGUCCUAGUGAAGUGCGUAGGAUGGAGAGAUUGGCUUGUCGUAAGGCUCUUGAAGACGAGAUCAGUACUUUGAAACCUGAUCUAAUGGAUACAUUCGACAUGCUGCGGUUUGUAGCCCACACAGCGCCUUACAACAGUACUCGACUGCAAGAACGACUACACGAACGAAUCGGGAGUUUAUGUGGUGAAUUACCGAUAGUCUGUGAAAUUGCUCAGGGUUUGAACAUGGGAAGUAAUUUACCCGCGGUAAAGUUAGAGCGAGUGGGAAAAUUAAUCGUUCGCGCUAUUGACGAGGCCAUUGGAGGUGACCAGGAGCACCAGGCUUUGUUUGAGCGGGAACGACGACGACUCCAGAGCAUGUGGCUAAGUGACAAGGCGUCGUAUUUGUCGGUCAGUCAAUGGGCCGACAAGGCAGCUUUGAGCGCAGAUAGUUUACCAGUACAGAAUCCGGAACAUUUCGAUUGUUCUGGUGUGUUAUUGAUGCAGGUGGACUUGGAUCUGGCCUCGUGGUUCUCUCUGGUAAAAGCAGACAAAGAAGCCGCAGCAGAUGGAGCUCCAAAGAUCGAGUUGGCAUGGCGUUUUUCGGAAGAGUUGGUCCAGCAUUCGUCUUUUGUUCCUGCUAAAGUGAUGGAGGCUACAGAGUCGUUAGAAAAGGUGUUGAAUGUUCUGUCAAGUGCAAUCCCGAGUGUCCAUACCCUCAUACUUGUAAGCGAGUUAAGCCGUCCACCUCUGACAAAACAGAUGAAUAGAUUACUUCGCACUGCAGCUCAAGCUGAGCUAAAGGCUAAGGCACUUGCAUCGGAUCAAACAACAGAGACUACGGACAGCAAGAUUCAAGAGAGUGAGGAAGCAGAAGCGACGAGUAUGAAGGGUAUUCUAGAGAUCUUAUCUUCGCAGCUCUCGCUUCGUAGUGUCGCUCAAGUGAUGCAGCGUGCACUCCACAAAGAUGUCGUGUUUUGCUCUGCUAUCGAGGGCGUACAGGCUCAGAUCGACUUGAGUCGCAAAGAAAAUAUGCUGAAUACUAUUAGCAAUACUGUAGACCCAAAGAAUGUCGAAAUGUCCCCGAGAAUCGUGCUGCUUGAGCACCUUGAUGCCGCUGGUAUAGACCUCAUCACUCAAGCUUCUCGGAAGCGUGAGAUGGCGGCUUCAAAGCCAGCAACCCCAGCUCCUGAAGCCCAGAAACCUGCGAAGAAAGCCUCAGUUACUGUUGCUAAAGGAAAGCCUGCAACACCUGCUCCUGUGCCGACCCCUCCACCAAAUACUCUGCCAGUUCAUGAUCUUACGCUCGAGCUAUCCGGAAAAGAAUUGAGUGAGAAGGGAGUCAAAGCACUACGAGAUCAGUUCGUACGCAUGGCUAGUGCCUGCGUAAUGGAUGGAGUUCCAUCGCAAGAAUGUGAGGGUGUCUUCCUGCCAGACGCCAGCGCAUCUUUUCCAAUGAUUGCGGGACCUAAACUAUCCAAAGAACUCGAAAUAUGGUCCCAAAUGCUGCAACCAAGUAUUACCCAGCCUAGUGUGCAUACUGCUGUGGUUGGUGGUAAGUGCCUGGAGUCUAAGUUACGACUGAUUGAUGGCCUAUUAGAGCUUGUCCAAGAGAUCUACUUUGUCGGCGAAGUGGCUAUGAGUUUGUAUAGAGUUCUACAUACGAAAGCAAGCAAGUCUGCUACAUUUAACCGUGAUGAAAUGAAGGUAGAAGAGGAUGAAGAGCUGGAAGAAGACGCAGAAGUCUCCAAGGAAGAGACUCUAGAAGCCGAACCUACUACUGAGAAGGAACUGAGUGAUCAUUCCAAGGGAUUGUGGGAUCUUCUUGUACCUGCAGUGGAGAAACUUCAACAGAAAGCAAGUCGUAAGUGCGUUCGCCUUCUGCUUCCUAUCGAUUGGAUUGUAGGCGAGACUCCGCUUGAAGAGCAGGAUCUCACUGCUAUUAUCGAGGAAAGCGACGAAGAAGAAGAGGAAGAAGAGGAGGAGGAAGAAGAGACUAGUCGCAAGCGGAAGAAAUCGCAAAUGAAGAGUGCUAGACAAAAGCCACUAGUGGAGCCUGACCACGCCGAUGUGUUCGAGCUCAAACGCCACUAUACGUACGAAGGCGAGCGAGCGCAUGUUGUUCUUAACCAUGCAAAGCUCAAAUCUGAUGCGGGAUGGCGAGCGUUUGAAGACGUAACAGUGCAGUGUUUGUCUAACGCUCAAGUUAUGGAGGGAAAAGCGAGCGUAUUGGUGUCAUUCUACGCUGAUUCGGAUGAAGAAGGUGACGACGACGCAAUGCACAAACCUCCAGCAAAGUUUCAAUAUGAUUGGACUUUCCGUGCGUUGGAUGUUGGACCAAUCGCAAUGGAGGCGCUUGCGAAGAUACUGAAGCAAGAAGAAAGAGAAGAACCAGCUUCCGAUGCCUCUAUGCAAUCGAAAACGCUCAUAGUUAGUGGCGUUUGCGGUGCAGUUGAGUUCCAGGAGUUCUGUGCGGCUACGAAGAAGUUACUGAGGAUUCUUCAGGACCAUAACCUACAGCAAGUGUUCAUUGCUGGGAGCUCAACAACAAGCUGGCUUCGACAACUGGAGUUCGAGCAGGCUAAUGAGCAAGCCAGGAGUAGCGAUACAACCACCUUGCAGGCCAAUUCAAACACCAACGUCGAUUCUAGUGCGCCAACCCGUGCCCACAAAGUGGUAGACGAUCGAGCGAUGCGUAAUGCUCGCGUGCUCAAGCAACUCAUCGCUGCCAAGCCACAUCUGAUUCUUGCAAAUUUGGUGUCCUCCGACUCGAUAUAG